AUGUACAAGGGAACCCUCAUUUGCUGCCUGCUGUUGGGCCUCUUCCUGGCCCUCAGCUCCGCCUACAACGGCCAGGACAUCUACGCCGAGCCCAACUGCGCCAUCGUCGAGGAUCACGCCCGCAAGUUCCGCGACAUCUCCGACCCCACCCACUACUGGGUCUGUCCCGAGGGCCAGGAGAAGGCCGACUACAUCCAGUGCCCCGACAACUACGCCUUCAUGGAGCAGCAGCAGGACUGCGUCGUCUGGGAGCAGUGGAAGUGGGUCGAGCCCUACACCAAAUAAACAGAGCCAACUCUCCCCGAGAUUCGCCGAAAGUCUAA